UCACUGGAGAGACUGACCCAUAAACUCGGCGGGAACUUGUGGCCCCGUGCGGGGAGGAGCGCGUCGACCGUCCAUCAACGUGCGCGCUGACGUACGCGGCCGGAGCGCGCCCCCGGAGGGGGCGGGGCCUGCGAGGGGCUAUAAAAGCGCCGUGCUGCGCGCGCGGCCGGCUCAGUGCGGCCGGGCAGGCGUAACGUCGCAGGCGUUUUUUUGUAGCGGUUGUCGGAGCAGGUCGGGAGCGGAGCGGGGCCUCGAGGGGCCUCGCUAGGGCCAUAGCGGCCGGCAGUUGGGCCCCCCGCCCCGGCCGGCGAUCCGAGGAGUGCAGGAAGGGGGCCGGGGGGACCCGCCCCCGGUCGGCCGGAGCCAUGAACUCCAACGUGGAGAAUCUGCCUCCGCACAUCAUCCGCCUAGUGUACAAGGAGGUGACCACACUCACAGCGGACCCACCUGACGGCAUUAAAGUCUUCCCCAAUGAGGAGGAUCUCACGGACCUGCAGGUCACCAUCGAGGGCCCCGAGGGGACCCCCUAUGCUGGAGGUCUGUUCCGCAUGAAGCUCCUGCUGGGCAAGGACUUCCCUGCCUCCCCACCCAAGGGCUACUUCCUGACUAAGAUCUUCCACCCAAAUGUGGGUGCCAAUGGUGAGAUCUGUGUCAACGUACUCAAGAGGGACUGGACGGCUGAGUUGGGCAUCCGACAUGUGCUGCUGACCAUCAAGUGCCUGCUGAUCCACCCUAACCCAGAGUCUGCACUCAACGAGGAAGCAGGCCGCCUGCUUUUGGAGAACUAUGAAGAGUAUGCUGCCCGGGCCCGUCUGCUCACAGAAAUCCAUGGGGGUGCAGGUAGCACCAGCAGUGGCAGGGGUGAGGCUGCCCGGGACCUGGCAAGUGGGGCCACAGCCUCCACUGACCCUAUGGCCCCAGGAGGAGCUGAGGGUCCCAUGGCCAAGAAGCAUGCAGGCGAGCGCGAGAAGAAGCUGGCAGCCAAGAAGAAGCUGGACAAGAAACGGGCACUGAGGCGACUGUAGUGGGCUCUUCCUUCCUUCCUCCUGUUCUGUCCCCUCCCACUCUGUCUCUAAGUUAUUUAAAUUAUGGCUGGGGUGGGGGAGGGAUGGGGGGCACCAGAACCUGGAUUUGGUUUUCUAAAUAAAAGUUGGAAAAGCAAUUUCUGUGCA